CACAAAUCGGGGUGCGGGAUCCAUAAGAUGAAGCACCACGAGCAAUCUUCCGGUCAUAAAAAUAGUGUAAUUGAUUUACUAGCUCUGUUGGGAUGAGUUAGAAAUAUUAAUGCAGGUGAUUUGGACUCGUCGCAGCGCCUCUAGGAAGCAAAACAUUACGAAUUAGAAAGAAAGAAAAAAAAAAAAAAACCCGGAGACACGUUAUCCAGAAUCAUUGACUGCAGGAACCAGUGGAAAUCAUGGAGGAGUCUUUCACUCGGUGCCCGAGCUCUACUUUGCUUGUGGACUGGAUUUGUGUCUAAAAGCUCACUUGGCAACUGAAGCUGUUUAUAAUGAAAAAAAAAAAAAAAAUGGACACAGUUUUGAAAGAAAUAUUGGACUUACAUUUUGCAGGCAUAAAGUAAUUUGAACUAUAUUUCGGCAGUAGGCUAAUGUGUGGCGAGGUCGUUAUGUACGACAACAAUCAAGGGGCAGUUAUUUUUAAGCAUUCUAUAUAAUACUAUAUAUGUGGCUCAUUGACAUUAGUACUCGUUCUCGGGCCAUGAUAAUCACAGAGCACGAAAUGAUCACUGAGAUGAAAGACUUCAAUGAAGAAGUUUUCGACCAUUUUCCUGAUUCGAGUGGAUGGCCGGAGUUUACUUUCAAGUAACUAGAAACUGCUGGAAAAAUGCCUGGUGAGACGGACGAAGAAGGCUUUCCGAAACUGGAAGGGGCUCUGUUCCAGGUGACUGGGAAUUCUCUGCGUCUGAGGCCACAUUCCAGACGGCAGAUUUCGAAGGACCAGGAAUGCGGCGAGACGACGACCCAGCAGGUGGUUAUACUGAGACGGAAGCAGAGGACCACAGCAGCCUCCCCACAUGCCUAUGCAAGGAGCAUGGGGGCCCGCCAGGCCUAUGCAAGAAGUACGGGCCCCCGCCAGGCCGUUGCAAGAUGGUCUGACGAGGCCGUCCGGAGUAGGUUGUCCUUGCACUUGAACAGGAUAAAUUUGAGGCGUCCGAUGCCUGGCUUUAUGUACGAACGACCCAGGGUUCCCGAGGGCGGGUAUACGGUACCUCCACUUCUGAAGGAUGAGUUGAAGAAGAAGCUGUUCACGAUUCCCGUCGCAGAGACGCAGGAGGAGCCUGCCGAGUCUCGGCAAGGAAAGAAGAUCAUCUACAUUAGCAUAUGGAAAGAAUGCUUUUACGCCGACAACAUUUUCGAAUCUGCUGGCAAAGACGUCAAAGCCGUGAACAAAAUCUGUCAGAUUCAUUUCAUAGCGAGGAGGGCGCAGGCAGUUGCAAGUUACAUCCCCUGUUUCUACGUUAAAAUCAUAGUUUUCUUGAUGCUGUUCAUUCGAUGCUUCUUUUGCAAGCUGACUUUUCCCCUGGCCAUGUACUACCGCACCUACAAGCACGUCAAGAUCCACCAGUCCUGUGAGGAAAGAGGCGUGAGGCCUGUUUUCACAGGGUCUGCGUGCCAGGGACCCGUUAUAUACGGUAUUCGAAACUAUUGCUGUACUUUUUGCAGGGCACAAAAGCAAUCCGACGUGAGCUUGAAACUUUUAGAAAUAAUGAACAAAGAGAGAAGGAAAAGCCAGGUAGCCAGAUGAGGGUUAAUCUACAGUGAAAGGCCAGCUGAGAUUCGCGUUAGACAAGACGUUUCCUUCUCCAAGAUCAAGCUCCAUUUAGCUAGCAUUUUUAUGAAGAUUUAAAUAACACAGGUGCCUGGUCUUGCAACGUAUCAGCUGUGCCUAGAGAUGGUGUGUUCGUUUUCAAAGCUAUUUUGCCUUCAAGACUAAUGAAAGACAGAAGCUCGAAGAAUCUUAACUGAAUUGUACAAAAGGGAUGAAUUGGAAAUAAUUAUUUUUUAAGAAUUAUUUGUUUUGCUCAUGUUUAUUUGUAACGAUUUAACAUCUAUUUUUCAUCAUGUGUUUUCACGUUAUUUCAUUGUAAAUUCUCAAUAGAGUUUAUGAGUACAUUGUUAUGAGUAUCAGAGUUUUAACUAAUGUAGUUGUAUUUUCUUUGUAUUCCAACUAUCCUUGCUCCUAAAAUGUUAUUAAUAUAUUUGUGCAUGAUAUUGUUUUCACUGUAAUGACCCACUUUUAAAAGCAGUUUAUCAAGAAACUUAAAACCAAUAACUACGUGUGUAUGUUUUAGCGUUUUGUAUAUAACUUGUAUGUUUACAUAGAACCAUUUAUAUUGUAGAUAUUAUGUUAUGUAGCAACUGGGUAUGACUGUCAAAUGUCUGUUUAGACUUAUGUCGUCUUAGAUAGAAGGCACCUUUAUGGCCAUCUCGGUAGUUGUCAGCACAUCCACAAGGAAGGUGAAGUGUUACUUUCCAGUCAACUUUAUUUGAAUAAAGUUGUGUUACCUGGAAAUAUUGUAAAUAUAGGUCAUUGGUUAGGGAAUAACUGGCGUUGAAUAUCCUCACCUGUAACAUGCCUGAUUCUGCCAAUCUAGGGCGUGAUUGGGUGAUUGGAGCCCAAGGUUUUUUCCUCAGACGAAGUUUCUCAGCCUCAUAUAUUUUACAAGGGGGGGGGGGGGGGGGUCGCCCCAUAUUAAGUAUACUCGUCAGUUUCAAGGAGAGAAUUUAAAUUUUUUUUAUUGCCAUUGAUGCUGGUUGUCGUUUUGUAGAUUUAACUUUAUUAGUAAAAGACCAUAUGUUCUUGCUGUUACUGAGAAAGAUUAAUGAAGGAAUUGAAUUCUGCUUUGAUCGGUUGACUCUUUGUCCCUUUUUCUACUUUCAAGCUCUGGAUACCUUUCCUGAUCUUUUUAAUAUUUUUUUUUUUCCUCUUUUAAAGAGGGGAACCUGUCAUUACAGUUUAGGGUAAGACCCACUUACUGUCUCAUCCAACGUUUUCCCUUUAUUUUUGUUCAUUGAACCGGAUAUAAUUCUGGUGUAGUUUGAUCAGAUCAAAAAGGAUCUUGGAGCUUCUCAAGUACUUGAAGCACUGAAGCUCUUAAUUUCUUUCAUUAGUACUUAUCUCAUAAAUACUCCUAUUGCAAAUGGCCAAAAUGGUGUGUUCUACUUGACGGUUGUACUUAGAAGCGAGUAAAAUUAACAUAAUUUAUUCUUUCAUUAUUGUUAUAAGCCGUUGUUUUGCUUGCAUUGUUUUCCUAUUCAGUAGAAGUAUUGCUGUUGACACAGAUAUGUCAGUAGCACUUGUACUGAUGUGUUUAAAGGUAAACAAAUCAUCAUGUGAUACCCAUUAGGAUAAGACCAAACAACGGUUGUGAAAAUGUUUUUCCCAGAGACUUUAAAUAAAAGACAACGAAACAUUAAA